AAUAUUCUUGGAGAAUAACUUCAAAUUUACUUUCCGAACUGAGCUCAAAAUUUAAGUAACACAACCUAAAAUCUCCCAAAAAAAAUUGUAAAAAUAUGUCACGAAAUUCGUCCUGUUCUUGUUGCAAGCCAUGUGAUCCAUGUUGCAUGCCUUAUGGGCAAUCAUUCGAAUGUUAUUUUGGAUCAGAAAUGGAAGCUAUACCGCAGGAGAUAGAAAUAUCAGACAAAAAUGCAUUGUCCUCAGAAAUUCUACCAGUUUUGAAUAAAAAAUCGUCUCAGAAAAACAAAGUUUUGCCAUUGACGAUAGAGAACUUGAGAAAAUGUAUUCCUACUACCAUAAAUAAUUUGCCAUUUACUCGUAUAACCAAAAAGGUUAAAUCUGAUGUGCUUUAUAGUUCUUGGGAAUGCUGUAAGCGAAAUGGAAUCCAAGAUGAAACACCUCAAUGGCUUGUUUUGGGGAGACCUUAUCGUCGACCUGGUCCAAGCUACCGAUGUGUAGUUGCUUACUAUCCAUCUUGUGAUUGCUAUCAGUGCCGUUGAGGUAUUAAAGUAUUUACAAAAAUGGAUUGUAAGUAAUGGAUCAUAAGUUUUAUGAACCUAUUUGUUGGUUACCUUUAACCGAAAAGAGAAUAGCAUUGAAACAAAAAAAAACUGAAAACCAUUGAAAAGUGGUUUGGACUUAGUGAUUUUUAAAGGUCGCAGCCAAGUGGGAGAACCAAUAAAUUGAAAACAUUUUAAAAUAAAAAAGAAAUAAAAAUUGAAUAUAGCCUA